AUGUUCAGUUGCCAACGUUGCAAGCAACCUAUUAGGAUCGAUGAGUCUCUUGUAGAUUUGAAUAAUACAUCGAUAGAUCUUUUAUUGGCCCCCCUUCCCGAGGACGAUGUUUUUCCCUCAACAACUUCAGUCUUGAAUAGUUCGGGAAAGUCUCUCACUAAUAAUUUACAACAAAUAUCACAUGCGUUUGAGUCCAAUAAUAAUUCAUUAGCUAAACGUUCCAACACAACUACACAUAAUUAUGGUCUGUCAAGAUCACCAACCAUCAACAAUAAGGAGUCUUUCUUGGGACCUUCUGAAUCUUAUGUAAUGUUAUCACGUUCGCAGGUUGCUCCACCUCUCAACAGUUCAAAUGAGCUCUCUAUAGAUGUUAAUGUCGAUGAUCGACAAAGGGCAAGUUUAAGUUAUCGUCUAAAAUUAGCGAGGCGUUUAUUUGAUCUAAUGUCAUCUCGAUCAGAAAUUGAUCAUCCAAUUUGCCAAGAAUGCACAGAUAUGCUUCUGGAGAGCUUGAAUAAACAAUUAUCAGACGCAUCUAAAGAACGCGAUUGCUAUAUAGAUUUUCUAAAGAAAGUAAACUCUAAUGUGAUAAGUGAUGCUAAACAAGAAGAUCUUCGUCAAGAGAUACAAGAGAUACAAGCCCGUGAAUCGAGUGCUAUUACUACUCUAAAAGAAAUAGAACGUGAAAGGGAUAAUAUGAAGAGAGAAUUAGCUGAAUUGGAGCAAGAGGCAAACGAGUUGGAUAAACUUGAAGAAAGUUAUUGGAAAGAAUUCAAUGACUUUCAUAUUCAACUGCAAAUAUUUCAAAAUGAGAGGGAUAGCGUUAAUGUCAAAUAUGAUCAUGAUGCAAAACAAUUGGAAAAAUUGCAAAAAACUAAUGUUUAUAAUGAUACAUUUUGCAUAAGUCAUGAUGGGAGUUUCGGUACCAUAAAUGGGUUCCGAUUGGGUCGAUUACAAAAUCAACCUGUCGAAUGGAGCGAAAUCAACGCUGCCUGGGGACAAGCUGUAUCGUCUUGUUCCUUUAGAUCAAUUGAUUAUUAUUUGAAUAUCGACCUUGAAAUUUUGAACUAUAGAUAUGGCUCGGGGGAUAUAGGAAUAGGGCGAAUAUUCCAAAACAAUCGCUUUGAUAAUGCAAUGGUUGCGUUUCUUAAUUGUUUGCAGCAAUUAGGCGAUUAUGCUGAAAGACAAGAUCAUAACUUAAAGCUACCAUAUCGAAUCAAUAAGGAUAGGAUAGGAGAUGUUUCCAUAAAGAGACAAUUCAAUCAAGACGACAAUUGGACUCGUGCACUUAAAUAUACCUUGACAAAUACCAAAUGGAUAUUAGCCUACGCAUCGUCAUCCAAUCAUGACUGGAGUAAACAGAGAUCGAAUUUUCUUACAACACGCUAA